UAGGAUUUCAUUCGAUGGUCAAGGGUUUUCCUUCCGAGUGGUCCCAAUGAAUUAAUUAGCACGGGCAGCAUACACUCACACAGCACACUCCUUCCUUCCUUCCGUCUUCAAUCACAUGCACAUGAUAGUCUGUGAUACUCCGACUGUCACAGCUUGGUUCUAUCUUCCUUCCUUCCUUCCAACCAAAUCAAAACCCCCAAAAUCCCACUUUACUUAAACUGUUUACCUAAUUUAUUAAUUAUCAAAUAAAACAACCACAUCCAACUCUCGUUUACCUCAUCAACCCAUCAAAAACCAAAUCAAACAUCCUUCAGGGGACCAACUUCAUCAGCAGCAGAAUCAUCAGUUCCACAGAAGCAGUAUGACAGCCGAUAUCAAGAAACAACCGCCAAGGAUCUUCUUGAGCGAAGACCUCAACAAGCACAACUCACCCACCGACUGCUGGGUAUCCUACAAGGGAAAGGUCUACAACAUCUCAUCCUUCUUGGCCGAUCAUCCUGGUGGAGACGAACUACUGCUUCAGUAUGCCGGAAGGGAUCUUGGUGAGGCAAUGGACAACCCAGACGAACACACUCAUUCGAAAUCGGCCUACGAGAUGUUGGAAGAGUUCCAGAUCGGAAUCAUCGGCACCCCCGAGACGAUCCUGAACCCGAACCUGAUCAUCGACGAUGACUUCAAGCCCACCACCACCGACAUCACCAAGGAUCACCUCCGAAACCAGUUCCUAGACCUCUCCAAGCCACUGAUCCCACAGAUGUGGAACUGCCAGUUCUCGCGUGCCUUCUACCUCCAACAGGUCCACCAACCUCGCCAUCUCUCCCGGCCUGCCAGACUCUUUGGCCCCUGGUACCUCGAAAUGUUCACCCGAACCUCCUGGUAUGUCGUCCCGCUCAUCUGGCUGCCUAUCGCCUUCGCACUCUUCCAUCGCGCACUCCAGCAACAACUCGACCAAGGUAAUUCGACCCCCAUCGCCUGGUCGAAGAACAUCGUCUGCUUCCUCUUCGGUAACCUCGUCUGGACCUUCCUCGAGUACAUCCUCCAUCGUUUCUUGUUCCACAUCGACGACGUCCUGCCCGACCGACCCUUUUUCCUACUCUUACACUUCUUACUACAUGGUGUCCAUCAUUAUCUUCCAAUGGACCGUCUGCGACUGGUCAUGCCCCCGAUCCUAUUUGCCACCCUUUCCCAUCCAUUUACUCGGCUCGCCUACUUCCUGUUCCCAGUACCUUAUGCAAACGCCGUCAUCUCGGGUGCAUUCACCUUCUAUGUACUCUAUGACUGCACUCAUUACGCCUUACAUCACACCCAAUUGCCGAAAUACGUUAAAGAGAUGAAGAUCUAUCACAUGGCCCAUCACUUCAAAGAUGCCGAUUUAGGGUUUGGUGUUACGAGCAAGAUCUGGGAUUACGCUUUUGGUACCGUCUUACCAACUCGUUAAUGGAAGCAGCUAAGAUUCUUACCCCGCAGACAGUGAGAGAGGAAAACAAACGUUUUUCUCCUUAUUCUUUUUUUCUCAUAGAGCUUUUCUAUUUGAUUGUCUUCUUUCUUUUUCAUCCCUCUCUUCCUCAUUCCCCACUCCACUUGCUAUCCUCUUGACAAGAUCUUAUUUUUUUUUUAUUCUCAAAUUCCUAACUCCCUUUGAUUUACUUAUUCAUACACAUACAUACUUGAUUCACAAACACAAAUCAUCAUUUUUUUCCCUCCCCUUUUUCUUUUUCCCUUCACCAACACAAAGUAUCUCCCCCAAUCAACAGCAUCCCCACUUGAUCCUUUUUCUCACUGUUUUCCUCUCUCUCAUUCCAAACAGUCUUUAUGCUUCUGUGUUAAUCUUUAACUUUCUCAAUUCAGUCCAUGCUACUCCAUUACUUUCAAGUCCACUUAUUUUUUUUUCUUUAUCAUCUUAUCAUCAUCUAUUAGGUACAUGCAGAUUAUGGAUAUUAUUUUAUUAGAGCUAUAUUUAUAAUACAUAUAUAUACAUAUUAAUGCUUUCUUAUGUCUCUUUUGUUGAACUUGAACAGUCAGGUUUUUUUCUUUUUCACUUGAACUGCUUGUCAUCAUAAUUAUCAUUUUCUUUUUUUUCUCCCCUAUGUGUAGUGCUUUCCUUCUCUUUAUUUUUCUCAAGUGUUUAGUUUUAGUUUUAGUUACAGAUUUAUCAAUCAAAGGGGCUUUUCUUUCUUUUCUUUUCUUUUCUUUUCUGAUUAUCUAUGAGUCUGAAAGUGGAAAUGUAAUCUUCACAACUCCUCUCACCCUCCUUUCCUGGACCCUCAUCAUUAUAAAACAAUGGGAAAAAACAAUAACAACAACAGAUUCUAGCAAAAAAU